GUAGGAUCGAAACGGGAGCUGGCUGUCCCCUCGUGCAAAUCUCUCUCCCCACCCAUCCAUCCCAGUGGUGUGUACUGGGUUGAUCCAGAUGGUGGAUCCCAGAUCAACGCGUUCAGAGUUUACUGCGAGAUGGACACCGAUGGAGGGGGCUGGACCUUAGUUUGGAGUUACGCGUUUACUGACUAUGAAAAUUUUAAGUCAAAAGCUAACGCAGUCAGUCCCUCGCCCGAAUGGCCCGAUAUCUCGGCGGACAUUGAUGUGCCUGUCUCUACUACACCACCUUUGCAUGAACACGAUUUCAACGCCUUAGACUUUUCACUUUGGAAGAAACUCGGACAGGAAAUCUUCGUCAAAAGUAAUGUGAACAACUGGCUGGUAUGCUCACCAAGGGGAGGAAGCUUUGUCGACUGGACACCAGGAAAAAUCUCUUGUAAAAUCGCCAACAAAAUCGCUGGUACGCAUUGUGCUGAUGGAUCUCCACCGGUGAAAAUUCUCUUUAAGGACUGUGGACCACAGCUGCUUCGAAGAAACAAAAGUUAUUAUUAUUUUGUGAGUUGCACCAAAUAUAGAUGGCCUAUUCAUGAUCCGUGCGCAAAAAACCAGGAAAAUCAAUUGAGAGACGUCCAGGAUCCCCACGGAAGUAUUUUCGUUCGUUGA